AUGUCCGAUCCGCGGCUGGCCAGCCUGCGCCGCAACCGAGUGUCGUCCCUUCCACCGACCCAGUCGGCCUCGGAGUUGACAGUGGCCCACGCCGCGGCCAUCCCGCGUCACCUGCUGCUGCGCCAGCGCAGCGAAAGCCACCCGCCCGACCGCUUCCGCCCGACGGCGCGACGAUCCGCGCAGCAGAACCAUCAGCAGGGCGGCGGUGGCGACGACGGCAACGGGGAGAGCACGCAGAGCGACGACUACGAAAUCGAGGAGGGCGAGGAGGGAUACGGGAGUGUCGAGAACGUCGAGGCGGUCGACGAAGAGGACGACGAUCAUGGAGGAGAGGAGGAAGAGAACGAGAACGAAAUGGGGAACGAGAGUGGAACGCGUAGGACGCCGCGCCGGUCGGCGCUGUCGCCUCGCCGUCUGUACGCGGUCCAGGCGCCCGAUCUCGACUUUGGAAUCGUGUCCGCCUCCGGCCCAGGCGAUUCCUUUUCCACCACCACCUCCUCUUCCUCCUCCUCUUCCACCACUACCAAGUCUUCGUCACGAUCGUCGUCAUCGUCAUCUUCAUCUUCAUCGUCGUCGUCAAGAGCGCCACGAUCCAGAACCGCAGCAGCGACUGCAGAGCUGUCGCCACCGGUGUCGCCGUCGUCAUCUCCGCCGCAGCCGACCUACACCAACCCACCGGUGGGCCUGCCGCCGGCGGGCCUCUACCCGCGCACCAACUCGUUCGGCACGAUGUCGCCGCGCAAGGCUAACGCGCGCCGGUUGCUCAUGUCGACCUCGCUCUCGUCGUCGGCCAUCAUGAAGGCCCCGCCCCUGUCGCCCAGCGCGACGCCGCCGAGCACGAUGACCAAGCGGACCAGCUCGUCGUCGUCCCUCCAGUUGGCCUCGCCCGGCCGACGCAUCACCUCUGUCUCGCAACCCGUGGCCACGCUGCCCACCCUCAACUUCGACGAUACCACCCCAAUUGAGCAGGACGCGCGGAGUGUGAAGGAUCGGCGCAUGUCAUCGUCGGUCAACGAAUACGAGCUCGAGUUCCGCGCUGUGGAGAUGGGUUGGCACACCCGCGACGACCCCUCUAGCAGCGACCGGCCGCCGGCUGCCGGCCGCACCCGCAACAGCCUGCGCUCCUCCGACGAAGAAAUGCUGGGUGGCGGACCGACCUCCACCUCCACCUCGUCGUCAUCGUCUUCAUCAGCGCCCUUCUCGCCCAAGCACUCGCGGUCGCGUUCCAUCAACCGACUGUCGUGUUCGGCCCAGCUCCACCCGGGCGGCUCCACGCUGCGCAACGCCAUCUCGCCGCGCGCGCUGCCGUCGCUUUCGCUCUCGGGCUCACUGCAGUCGACGUCGGCGACGAACUCGCCCACCGGGUCGCCCGGCCACUCGCCGCUCUCGUCGCCCAAGGCGAUCCCCACCUCCACCGCCGCCGCCAGGCAUCACCCGGGUUCGCCCCUCUCACUCUCGCCCGGCACCAGCUGCUCGCCGCCCUCGCCCAUGAUGCCGGCCCCGACGCCGGCCACCACGCCGUCGUCUUCGGCUUCGUCGACCUCGCUGGCCACCCGAACCGACGCUUUUAACUCCUAUGCGCGCACGUUCAAGUCCUUGCCGGCCUACGGCAGCGGCAGCGGCAGCGAGGAGAGCGAAGAGGGCGAAUCGUUGUCGUCGUCUCAGUCGCGGCAGCCGGGCGCCGAGCGGCGUCGACGCGGCGGCGGCAGCGGCAUCAUGCGCGGCGGGUACCGAGACAGCGACGGCAGUGGAGGCAGCAGCGAGAGCGACUACUACCGCGAGAGCGAAAGCGACGACACAAAGGGCGAAGGCAGCGGCGGCGAGACUGGUGGUAGUGGCGGUGGCGGGCCGUUCCUAUACCGGGCUGACAGCCUGGGCACGUCCGACAGCUUCAAGCCACGGAAGAGCCUCUUCGCCGACCCCAAGAAGCGCUACAAGAGCCACACCCUGCACCACCACCGCUCGCCCCGCGGCCUCAGCCAAGCGGCCAACUACAACUCCAUGGGCAUUGUCGCUGUGCCGCCGCAUCGGAUGGGGAGACAGAGUAUCGAUGACGACAUCCAGGCCAUGCACGCCAAGGAGGAGCGACGACGCGCCAAGGCCGCCGCGCAGGCCGACGGCACGAGGCCCACACGUAAGUACGGCAGCGACGGCGAGUCUUCGUCCUCCACCUCUUCGUCGUCGUCGGCGGCGGCCUCUUCUCCCUCCUCACCCAAGCCCCGACCCAUUUCCAUGCGCGCCUCGGCAUCGACCGCAGCCUCGGGCGUCGUGUCGCCGCGAUCCAAGCGCUACAGCCUGGAGAGCCCCGGGCGCAUCUCCAAGACCGUGCGCAGCGACGAGGAGCGCAAGGAGUCCAAGGAGCGACUCAAGGCCGAAAGAGAGAAAGACAAAGGCAACGAGAAGAACGAAAACGAAAACGAAAACGAAAAGGAAAAGAAGGGCGGGUCGGGCAUCGUCCGCACCAUCCGCAUGAGCAAGGAGCUCAAGCAGGAGAUCGAGCAGAAAGGUGCCAUGACCAAGCGCGCUCUGCGCAGCAGCUCGGGUGUGGCCGAAGGCGGCGUCAGCGGCAACGCAGAGAGCGAAGCCGUGGAGAGCAGCGUCGCCAGCGGCGGAGGAGAGAAGCAGCCGCAGGACAACCUGCUGCGACGCAUCCAGGCCUUCCGACAACACAAGGGCAAGACCUUCCACACGCUGCCGUCGCUCAGCGAGGUCAAGGCCUCGUCGCGUGACUCUUCGCCGCGGGACAACAACGUCAUACGACGCAAGAACAGCAAAGACCGCAACACCGGCGACGAACCUACGAGUGCUGACGUCAGCAGCAACACGACCGACCACCAGGUCGUCCCAGAGACGGCCGACGUGGCGGCGGCGGAGGUGGAGCCCAAGCGACGCGAGCGGAAGGCCAGCCGAGACGGCACGGCCACUGCUGACGUCAGCAGCUCCAGCAACGAGCGGAAACACAAGAUGGGCCUCUUUUCGUUCGUGUCGCUGCCGCGCAAGGCCGGGCGUGGCAAGAAGGCCGGCGGCAAGGGGUCAUCCAAGGACCUCACCCCACCGUCGCUCGCCGUCACCCCGCGGAGCCCGCGCAUACCCCACCUGGACUCGUCGUCGGGCUCGCACCCGAUCGCUGCGCGUCGACGCCGCCGGGAGCGGAUGAGCCGCGCGGCCGACCGGCGACGCCGACGGUCGACCUCGCUGCUUGCCUGCGAGUUCAGAAUGCACGCCUCCCGCGGCUCUCUGCCUACCACCGGCUCGCCCCUGCUGGCGCGCGACGAGCGGCGGCGCCUCCUGCGCACCAAGUCCGUCGACGAGCGCCUGCUGUGCUACCCACGCGAGUUCGACGACCUGCUGGGCGCCGACGGCGAUGGUGGCGAGCCGCCCAGCGGCGAACACCAUCUUCAGUACUAUGAUGGCAGCGGCAGCGGCGACCGCAUGUCGGAGGGCCACAGCGCCGAGAUCGACAACCACGGCAGCGGCGGCAGUGACGGCACCGAGCGGCGGGACUUGGCCAAGUCCCAGGGCGUGGCGCCCGGCAAGCGGAGCAACAAGGUGCGCGGGCGGGCUGGGCCAGUCCACUCGCCCAAGCUGUCGAAGAAGAAUGCCGGCGGCAAGGGCGGCAAGGGCAAGCAGCAGAAUGCGGUGCGCCAGAAAGACAUCGACGACAACCGGUUCCUCACUGCGGAGAAUUUCGACCAGCUGCUGGUCUACCGCGACCUCCUCCUGGCCGAAUUGGUCAAGCCUGGCCUGCGGCUGAUUCGCGGACUGCUCUCGGUGGUGAGCGCCACCACCGAAGACGAUCCCGACGCUCUGUGCCAAGCGCUCGUCGCCAUCGCCGAUCGAUACGGCCAGAUCACCCAGCUGAUGAAGCUCGCCAUUGCCCAGGAACUCAACAGCACAACGUCGCCCUUCACGCUGUUCAGAGAGGACAGCCUGGGGACGAAGUUUCUGUCGACCUAUGCGCGGGAGAAGGGCGGGGCCUACCUGGCGAGCGUGCUGAAGCCGGUCAUCAAGAAGGUGGUGACCUCCCACACCUCCUACGAAAUGGACCCCCUGCGCAUUCCCCAGGACCCCAAGGCCACUCCACGGGACGAGAACCAGCGCAAACUGGAGAAGCUGUGCCAGCACGUCCUCGAUGCCAUCUUCUCGCGCCAGUCCGACUUCCCGCUGCAAAUCAUUAGCAGUUACCUCUACGCCGAGGUGAAUCUCAAGUUCCCGUUCGACGCCACCCGGCCUCGCGCCUGGAGCCAAGAGGGCGACGAAGAGGUCGAAGACGGCCUGGCCUUUCACCGGUCGUCCGACUGGGGCCUGGCCUACGUGGGCGCGUUCAUUUUCCUUCGCUUCUUCUGCCCGGCCAUCGUUUCGCCCAAACCCCACGGCAUCGUCAAACGGUCGCCGACGCGAGAGGCGCAGCGCGGCCUGAUGCUGGUGGCCAAGACGCUGCAGACGAUGGCCAACCAGCUCCGGUUCGGCGACAAGGAGCCCUACAUGAAGCCCAUGAACCAGUUCAUCGAAGACAACCAGCUCAGUCUCGAAAACUACCUUCGCACCCUCACCCAGAAGCCGCCCAAGUUGCAGUCUCAGACGCGCUUCGUGGCUCCCGAGAAGGAGAAGAAAACGAUGCGAGACAAGUUCUCCUCAUCUGCGACAUCGUCGCUGUCGUCCUCGCUCUUGAACCUCUCGUCGGCGUCGGCCGCCGGGGCCUCGUUCGCCGAGCGUUCGUCGGCCGCGCUCGCGCACUCAUCAGCGGCCGACCCGGGCGACGAGGAGUCGGCCCAGCUGGCCGUCGUGCAGGCCUGCUGCACGCGCAACCAGCGCAAGCUGCUCACUUUCUACUACUCAUCGUCGCUGCCCUUCCUCUCGGCCAUCCCCAACUCGGCGUCGUCAUCAGGGGCGUCGUCGCCCAACAACUCCCCUUCUUCAUCGGCGCCACCGACGCCCUCGUCGUCUGCGCCGCCCACGCCCUCGUCGCGAUCGGUCUCGCCUCGCACCGGCACGCUGGCCAAUCUCGCGCCACAGGCCAGCGCCACCCUCCAUUCCGGCUCCUCGCCGCGCAUGAAGAGCGAGGAGUGA